GAAAAUUCUUGAUUGGUUGUUGUAAUUUUAAAAGUGACUUAACUAUAAACAACAUUCUUCUAGUAUAAUAAUAUAUUCUAGAUACUGGGGGUCCUCGAUUUGAGUAGAUUCUAUUUGAGUAGAUUCGAUUUGAACAGAAAAUUUUUUACUCACCAAAAUAUUCGAUUUGAGUAGAUUUCUUCGAUUUGAAUUGUUUACAAAACAAAUAUUUUUGAUAAAAACAUUUCAGAAAAUAUUUUUAAAACAUAAAUUAUUCUGCAAUAAGCGUGAACUUAUCAUGUUGAUCGAAAAAUCAAUACUAAAGUUACAAAAUUAAAGUAAAAAUUUAAAAAAUUGAUAUAAAAUUAACGGUUUUAAAAAGUUCAAAUUCAAAAACCCUACAAAUUGUUCGGUUAAAUAACAUUUGCAAGGUUCUCAUAUUUUUGUUUUGUUUCAAAAACAUAUUUCUUGUGAAUUUCUGUUUAAAAACAAUAUGAAUAUGCGUCGAAAUAAAUUAAGUUAUCUAAAACACAUAGGUAAAGUUAAGAAACGAGGUAAAAUGUGCAAAAAAUUAUCAUAAUUUUCAUUGUUUUGAUACAUUUUUUGGACUCUGGAACAAAACAUGUGAUUUUGUAUGGAUUCUUUGCCUCGAUUUGAAUAGAUUCGAUUUGAGUAGAAAUUUUUUGGAACAAAACAACUACUCAAAUCGAGGACCCCCAGUACCCCCAAUAGCUCAUUGGCAGACACAUGUGAUAGCAAAUCGUUUAACGUGGUUUAUCAUUUAUCGUUCGAAUCCUAUUUGAGUCAAAUUUUGAAAAAUGAUCUGAAACAAUCAUGACACCCCCCAUGUUAACAAGCAGUUGUUGUAGAACCAGUAUAUAAAAUGUUGCUGAGUUUGCUUGCAUAUUUAAUAACACGAUCGAAGUUGCCGUCAUGUCUUGCUCAGUUCACUCUUUGUAUGAACCCCUACAUGCAUACUACUCAUUCGUUUUUGAUUGUUCAGUGGAAUCGGAUGUUAAUAACGAAUUAGUGUAGUAUAUUAAUGAAAAAUUGUCACAAAAGCCUCAGAUAGAGGCAUCAAUUCAAAGAUUUUCAUAGUUGUGAUAUGAAAAAAAAUGUGCAAAGUGAAAAAUUAUUAAAUAAAUUAAAGAAAAUUGAAAAAGAAAAACUGUGAAAGUGAAAAAGAGAGAAAAAAUUACUUAAAAUAAAAAUUUUUAAGCCAUUUUUGCAAUAAAUCGAGUGAAUAAAUGAUUGUGUAAAUUCUAUAAAUAAGUAAAGCUUAGUACUAUAUAAGAAUAUUAAAAAAAGGAGUGCUAAAAAAGUGCAAAAGAUUUAAAUAAACAACAAAAUUAUACAAAUCUGCAUAAAAAUAUCUUAAAGCCAUAAAUAAUCAAACUCAGAUACAGGAGAGGAAUAGAACGAGAGAUAUUUAAUUACGAAACUAUCAGAUAGGAAAUGAAUCAGAAUCAUACAAUAACGAUGAAUUCACAACAAAUUCAACGUCGCCCGUAUAUUAAUUCUCGUGGUAGUGCUCGUGGGGGAAAUAAUAUGAAUCAUCGAUUGCAACGAAUAUCAUUUGGACAAAAUCAACAGUCUCAUCAUAGUCAUCGAAAUAAUAAUGGCAAUAAUAGUGGCGGAAAUAGUAAUCAAAACAAGGAUCUUGAUUGCUAUAAUGGAAAUAGUUCUCAUUCUGGUGAGAAUGGUAUUAAUAUAAAUAGUUCACAACAAAAAGAUAACAACUUAAUUACAACAAACAGUUCUGAAUAUUUCAAUAAUAAUAAUUUAAAUAAUUUGAAUCCAUAUGCGAAAUCAACAAAUUCGACAUCAACUUCAAUCUCAUCAUCGCCAACGAUUGAACUUCGCAUUCUUAUUCCUAAUUAUGAUGACUUGAUGGAUACUAUCAGGAGUCAACAGCCACAUACAUCACGUCCUGGUGGUUCCGGAAUGCAAAAUGAUCGACGUAACAUGAUGAAUGAUCGAAGAAUGAAUUCCAUGAUGAAUCACUAUGAUUCGUCGUCAUCGUCACAUCGUAGUUCAGAUAUGAUGAUGGAUAAUCGUCCAUCAGAUGGUCAUAGAAAUAACAAUAUCAAUAAUCGAGAUCGGAUAAGUCCUCAUUCGAGUAAUGAUUAUUAUCAAGAGAAUCAGAACAAUGGUGGACCAAAUAUGAAAUCGGAUAGUCCCUCUCGAAAGCGUAGACGAUUACAACGAAUGCCAAGUCAAUCACCACCGACAAUUUGGGAAAACAACGCUCACUCUCAUAAUAAUCAAAUGAUGCAAAACCAAAAUCAAUCAAAUCAAAAUGGUUACCACAUCAAUAACGGCAACAAUAAUUUAAACAACAUAAAUAAUAAUAUUAAUAAUAAUAAUAACAACAUUAUUAGUAACAACCAAAAUAAUCUUAAUCUAAAUCGUCGAUUAUCAAUUCGACAGUAUAAUAAUAUAAUUCCUAAUAAUAAUAAUAAUAAUUUGAAUCAACAACAUUCACCAUCAAUUCGAAGACAACGAUUCCGUGAUCAACCACAGCAAUCUCAGCAGCCACCACGUCCAUGGGAUAUCAAUCCAACACCUAUUUUCCAGGCUUCACCACCGCACCAUAGUCAACAUCAUACAUCCCAUAUGAUGGAGAUGAACCAUGUACCAGUAAGCUUACCACUAAGCCAUCACGAGCAAAUUUGGACUUAUCCAGCGCCGCAUAUAUCGAUAUCUCCAGCAGCUCCCCAUUUGCCUCCAUGUCAAGUGCAAAAUGUAUAUUCGCAGCCAUUUGCUCAAGCUUGUAAUCUGAAUGGACAUCAUUUCAUGCAACCGCAUACACAAAUAACAGCAACACCACAUCAUCAACCACAUUUUCAACAUUUGGCGCAACAGAGUGGUCUACAUAUGGAAGGAAUUGAUCAUCAUGUGACUCCAUUAACGCAUUUUAAUUCAACACAGAUGGCACAAAUUUCACCACCACAACCGAUUUUCAUUUCCACUGAGGGUCGACCAAAUCAAAUGGAAUUGUUGCAUCGUACAGCAAGACGCAUAACGGCAGCACGAAGAAAUUUUACACGAUUCCAUUGGUCGCCUACACAUCCAACGCCACAUUUACAUGCACGACAAAUACAGGCUCAUAUUCCACACCAAACUCCAUUGCCAUUACAAACUGCAUCCGCUUAUUCCGGAAUUUUACUUAAUUUCUUAGCUAUGUUCCCAUUGUCGCCAUAUGGUCAACCAGAAACUUACUCGCCUGAUUCCAACGAAACUGAGAAUUAUGAAGCUCUUUUAAGCUUAGCUGAACGUCUUGGCGAGGCUAAGCCACGUGGAUUGGGAAGAUUAGAGAUUGAACAACUUCCUAAUUAUAAAUUUAAUGCUGAAACUCAUACAGGCGACCAAACAUCAUGUGUUAUCUGCAUUUGCGAUUUCGAGCCACGACAAACUUUGCGUGUAUUGCCAUGUUCACAUGAAUUCCAUGCAAAAUGCGUUGAUAAAUGGUUGCGGUCUAAUCGAACGUGUCCAAUAUGUCGCGGAAAUGCAUCAGAUUAUUUCUCAUCAGAGAGUGGUAGCGAAGAGCAAUAAGUACACUAAAGAGGAAAUUCUUCUUAUUUUCAUAUUUUCUAAUUCAAUUUCAUUUAUAUAAAUAUCUAAACAUAAUAAAAUGUAACGAAAAUUAAUGGGAAAAUGUCGCAAAAGAAAAAGAAAAAGAAAAAAAAAUUAGCUGGCGGAAGUGAAAUGAAAUAUGAAUCUGGCUGAUGUAUACGUCUAUUUAUAUUUUUGAUUGUUGAAAUUAAUAUAAUUAAAUCAUGUGAAAAAUGCGACAUCAAGUGGAUAAAAUCUCUCAUUUUUUAAUUCAGAGCUGAAUGAAAAAUGGGAAAAUAUUUAAUAAUCGAAGCAGAAGAAAUGAAAAAAAAAAUUAAUUGAAAUUUAACGAAAUAAAAAAAAAAUCUGUUGCUUUUUGUGAAAUUGAAAAUGACUUGAAAAUGUCUGAAAUAUUGCAUGACUUUCCACUGAACAAAAUCAAAAACGAACUUUUCUUAGAGAUAGCUACAAAUACACUAGUUUGCCAGACAAACAUUCUCUAGUCAUGAACCAGGCAUUUUUUGGUCAUUAUGCAUGACUAAGGACUCAGUUUCUCUAAUCAUUCAGAGAUGUGUAAUUAAAUAUCAUUUGAAAAACUGAUCCACAACCUAAAAUUGAAUUUUCAUAUUUGUUUAUUGUUGAUCGCAUCACUUAUUUUAUAACAGCAUUCAACUAUAAAGGAUUUACUAUGCAAUGACUGUGAGAUAAAUGAAAAAAUAAUAUAAUAGUAAACUUUAACAGACAUUUUCACAAGAAUUCUUUUAGUUCCGCAAACAAUAAAGCUGAAUGGCAUGAAAAAUCGAAUGAAGGUCAAGGUGAUGAACAAUGUAUGCUGUAAAAUGUGAUUUAUUUCCUUAUUCUUGUCCGUGCACUCCAUAAUAAUGUCUCCAUACUUAAAAUAUAUCCUUGAGAAAAGUUCCUUCUGUGAAUUAUGAGUGUAUGGACGAAGAAAAAUUUGCUCUAAAUAAACUUUUCAUGCUAUUCAAACACCAAGCAAAUAAAAUAAAAUAAUAAACCGCAAUUCCUGAUGCACUGAAUGUUGAUUGGCGUGCGUGUGUGUGAUGAUAUUAAAAAACAUCUUUUUUACUAAAUCAUAGAUUUUUUCGUGUAUUUUUGCUAAUUGUUACCAGCUCUCCCUGAAUGUUACAAUUGCUGGCCAAUUAAUACGCUUUUUUAUUAAAUAGAUGAACAUAAUGAAAAGUUUUUGCAUGAAAAAAUUUAAUACCAAUUAUCAUGAUAAAGAAGUACAUUUAUAAGAUGAAAAACAAUUAUAAUUAUACAAAAAAGUAUGUUUGUUGUGUCACAGUAAACAAUUAAAUAAGGUUUUUUCUGGCAAUAGAGAUUUCAACAUAUUAAAGUUGCUAUGACAUCAAUAUGGCUGAUUAUAUAUCUUCAAAAACGAAUAACUAUAAUGAAUUUUUCACCAUGUUGAUUUCUCUCUUAUAAUAUCUUUAUCAAUUUUUUUUUUAAAUUAAUAUAUCGUAUUUUUCUCUACCAUUAGAAUAGACAUAACAAUGAAAUACUGGGAAAAAUCGAAAUUAUGAAAUUCACCUGCAAUUCCAAAUAAUAAUAAUAAUAUGUGAAAAGCACACGCAAAAAUAAGAAAUGAGAAUCUUUAUUGACUUAAAAAUUGAGGAAUAUCAUCCAAAAGUUUACAAAUUUUCCUCAUUAAUUCAGAAAAGAUUCCCUUUCUUGGCAUAAAAAAGUAUAAUUUCUAAAGCUUCGAGGUACAUAUAUAUAAAAAAUAAAUAAAUGUAAAAUGAAUUCCAACAUCAAUCAACAUAUUAUAAGAUGAUAAGUGAAGUGAAAUAUAAGCAAUAAUAAUCAAUAAACAAUUUAGGAAAAUCGUAUGUAUGUAUGUUUACACGUUAAUAAUUGAGAAAUAUUCCUUCAUAUGCACUUCUAUCAUCGAGUUUAGUUUCGAAUUAUCUUUAAGUCUUCCAGGCUAAAGACAUGAGAAAAUCACGCAUCUAUCUCUUCUAUUGCUGUUCUCGAUAUUUUUUCUGUUUGAAAGAAAACCGAUUAACUUAUAUCAUAUACAAAAAUAUGAUUUUCAAAAACAUGAAGAGGGUUUCUCUGUGGUUUGAAGUCUAAAUGUCAGUCGUUCAAGCUGUGCUAAUUCAGAAAGCCUUGACAUCAUUUAAAACAUUAAAAUUCAUGAAGAAUCGAUAUGAGUUUAAGGGUGUUGAGAGAAUAAUCUGUUUGAAGGCAAUCGUCAAGCAGCAUCUACUGUUGAUAUUUCAUCAUGUACUGUAUUUCUUUCAUGUAUUUCACCAAAUCGCAAAAAAAAAAUCAUUAAAAAUUUUUCAGGAGCUUAAGAAAGAAAGUCUUGAUAUGUGUUUCAGUAAAUCAGAAUUUAAAAUUAAAUUCAUGAUGAAAAAAUCUAGUCAUAGAUUCCGAAUAAAAUGCAGUUGAUAGAUAGGAAACUCUAGUCUCAGUUGCCCGAAAAAUACUUAAAUUUAAUAAUCAAUGAUGCAAAGUAGUUUAAAAUAUGUUACAAAUAAGUCUAUCAAAACAAAUGCAAUUUUACGAUUCCCUCAUUAUUUUUAAUUACUAUUUAAAGCGUUCAGUUAACCAAGAAUCUAAAUAAGCAAGUCACAUUUUCCCCAUAAAUUUCUGAAUUUAAAAUUAAUGUUGAUUAUUUUGACCUAAAACAGUUGUUGAUAAAAACUAAAAUUUUAACUGCACUUCAAACGAAUUCAGCUUUAACCCAUAAUAUUCAAUAGCUAUAAUAAACGUACGGAAAAUAAACUUUCUUCUUGCCAAAAAAAAAAAAACAUUUCAGUACAAAAGACAGAAAUAAGAUUUUCUUUCUUUAAGCUUCUGACCAACUGCAUAUGUCUAUAAAAUUAUUUUUAAAUUGAGAAACCCAUACAUACUGACGUAUACUUUCCAUUAAGCUUUCAUCAAGUCUUUAAAAAAAUUCUCAAAAAGAAGAUAUUUUUCAUGCUGCGAAAUUUACACUUUUUUCUUUAAAAUAAUCAUUUUGAGUGUGCCAUUAAUUCACCACAUGUUUUCGCUUUUUCUUCGUGACAUUUUAUUUACAUUUUUUUGAGAAGUUAAAAUCAUCAAGUGAUAUGUCUCUCGUGUGUUUUUUUUUAUGAUUAAGUAUUGAUAAUGUUAAUAUUAAUGAAUCCUUUUUUUGGAUAUUUUAUUAUGAUUACUGGUGAUGGGAAAUAUUUAAGACUUUUUUUUCAAAUUAUCUUUUUAUUAUUCUGAAAGUGUAUUUUGUUGCUUAGUGGGUAAGCUAUUAAAUAUGAGAGCGAGAGGAUCUUAAUGAAAAAUUGAAUACUUUUCUUCUAUAAAAAUUAAUUAUGUAUAAAUCAAUUCCAAAAUGAACACCAAAAAAUACAGAAAAGCAUUUAAUGAAGAGAAAUGUUUCAAAAAUCUACUAUACCAAUUAGAUAUACUCUAGCUUCUCUGGAUGAACAUUUUCUAUUCAAAUUUUAUUAAAUUUUUUACAUUUUAAAGAUUUUUGGAAUGCAAACAAUUUUUUAUCUCAUUUGAUUGGAUUUUUCAAUUUAUACGUAUAAGAAUGACGUAAAUUUAUGGAUGAUGAACUGAAAAUGUUCAAUCCUGAAUAGCUGCAAAAAUAUCGAAUAAACUCAAUCGCAUAAAAAAUUAAGAGCUUACCCGAGAAGAAAAGGAGAUAAAAAUGUUCAACAUUUUAUUUUAGAAGCAUUUAAUUCAAAUUUUUUUUAGUUCUGCCUUAUUUUCUUAAUUACUAAACUUUAGAUAUAAACGAAUUUCUCACCUUAUCAUCGUGUCUUAAAUAUAUUAUCUUUUCUUCCGUAUAAUUGCAAUUUAAUUUAGUUAAGUUUUCUUUUCUUUCUCCUUCACGCUCGUUUCUCUGUCCGCUUAGCGUUAAGAUAAUGUGAUUAAAUCAAUUACUAUUCCUUUAAUUGCUUCAAAGCUAUACGCCAUGUUUCAGUUCUUGUUCUCUUUUUCAAACCCUCAUUUUUUUGGUAUCCGAAACGAAACUGAAUAAAUAUUAUAUAAAUUUUCACGAGCUUUCCACCUCCUCCUGAUCCGAUUUUUUCUUAUGAUUAUUAUUAUAAUUUCUUAUACCUUCUUGUUUACGGAUAUAGGCAAUAAAAUUUCUUGUUAUUUUUCCUGUUUAUUGCUUAGUUGAUUUUCUCGCAUUUUCUUGUUUUUCUCCCAAAGAUUUAUAAACACAAAAAAUAAAAUAAAUUACGAAAAAAAUAUGAGUAUAAUUUUCACUUUGCGCAUUUUUUUCAUCCAAUGUAAUAAAAAAACAAAGUAAAAGUAAAACUACAUUUAAAUUUCUGGGAUAAAAGUUACCAAAUAAUAAUUUUUUAAUGCAUAAGUAAAUGUUAGAAAGCUUUCAUUUUUUAUUAUAAUAAAAAAGACAUUUUUAACAACAAAAAAAUACUAAUUUGCUUAUUAAAUUUAUUUAUGAUCUCGUUUAUGGUGUUUUUUGAAUGACUUUUUUUUAGAUUUCUUAUUCCUCCCUAUCUCUUUAGUCUGUGUAUUUUGCUGCAUUUAAAUAAAGUGUUUUUGAUGUUUCUUAUUGAAUUAUAGCGUACCUAGGCAGAGGUAACAUAUUUGUAAUCUAGAUUAAGCUUAUAUUAUUCCUGAAUGAACCCUCAUUUAAAUUACUUCAAUAAUGAACAAUUUUUCAACCAUUUUACGGGAGUUGAUCACUUAUAAUGUCUAGAUCUGUUGCGUAACAAGGUUCAAUGGCACCUCUGGCAAAUUACCCACUUGCCUAAACUUUUUUACAUCCUUCAAUUAUAGAAAUGAAACUGUAAUGAGUAUGUUCGGCAUUUGUGAACAACCCCAUAUGCUAAAUUACUAUGUAUUGCUUCUCAAAUAUUGAAAUAAAUUACCUUAUUAAUAAAAAUAAAGUUUAUAUGCACCGCUGGGAUUUAAAAACAAUUUUUUUAUUUAUGAACUUUUAUUUUCCUCAAUCUCAGCUACAACAAGAACCAGCAAAAAUGUUUAAAGAAUUUUAUGGCAUAUUUGGGUGAGCUGAAGUGGCUCGGUGGCGGAAUGGUUUAGUACUUCGGUACCUAAUUAUUGCAAUACCGACACAGCGAUCAUGGGUUCGAGACUGGGUAUGGGAAAUUUUUCACUUGUUCUUUUUCGAAUCAUAUGUACUGGAAAUGAGGCUCACAGCCUUCCUUUGUAGGCUACAGACAGAAAUGUCAUCAAAGGAGUGGUUCGGAUCCCACUAUAAAUUGUAGGUCUAGGUUUGAGUGCAGUGGUUUGGCGCAUCCUCACUCGUUAAACUCUCAUUAGCUGCGAAUCGCCCUAGCGCACCUCUGGAUCACAAUUGAUCUGAAUAGGUAAAGGUUUUUUUUUUUUUUUUUUUUUUUAUGGCAUAUUCGCCUUGCACAAAUCACUCAAAUAAAAUGUAUAUUAAAUGUUUGUAAUGAUAUUAAAUAAUCUCAAGCAAGGAUUAUUAUUAUAACACCCACGGUUAUUUUGUGAGUUUCUAGGUCAACUAAGCUGUAACGGUGAUGCUUAUUGCUUAAAAGUAACUCCGGCAUAUUGCCUGGGAAGUGUUUUGAUAUAAAAUUCAAUGUCUGCAUUGAGAGACUAUGCAUCUGCUCAACCCACAUAGCUGUCAUCAUUAGUACUAUGGGAUGGAUAAGAGGAUAGCGGAAAAUUUAUAUCUGUUUAAAUCUGCAUUAAAAAUAGCACCAAAAUUUAUUGGAACGGCAUUGCAAAACUUUAAAUACCACAGCUCAGAUAAUUCCCAUGCAGCUCAAUAAAAUAACGGACUGCAUCAUUGCAUUACCAUUUGCCUAGAUGGGAUUAAGCACUGGCCUAAAUAACAAUUACAAUAAAUCCUAUAUGCUUCUGUGUAUUAACAGUUUUUCCUCACAAAACUUUAAUUGUUUUUUUUUUCAUCCUUCUUUCCACAUUUUCAUUUUGCAAUUUGUUAUGUGCUGUAAUUUUUUGUGAAUGGUCAAAAUUGCAGUUUGUAAUUGAAAUUUUUUUCCACAACCAAUUCCCAUUAUGUCGAUUACAGAGUGAAUUUAUAUUUCAAAUAGAAUGUAAAAGUUAAUUAUCCUUAUGAUUCAAAUUCACAAUUCAUAUAGCUGUACAAUUUAAUUUGUUCAACUACAAUCUAUUUCUCGGCAGUAGCAUAAAAAAAUGUGUAAUAAUAAACUUUUCGCACACAUAAGGAGGAAAGAAUAUGAAUAAUAUAAAAAGUAAAGUUAUAAAAUAUGUAUCAUGUUAUUCAUAUAUGAGCUUUUGCAUGCAAUAAAAAAUGAAUAUUUUCUUCGUGUUAUCAAG